AUGUCGAAGAACGGCGGGUACAUGACCGGCUUCGCCCCGCCGCCGAAGCGCGACGACGGCGGGAACGUGGACUCCGCGCGCGGCGACCGCGGCGGCGACCGCGGCGGCGGACGCGGCGGCGGGCGCGGCCGAGGCGGCGGCGGGCGAGGCGGCGGCCGCGCGAAACUCGAUCUCUCGCACGGAUUCGUGCGCAGCAUCGUCCGGAACCAAAACGAUCGCGCCGCGUACGAAAGCGCGUGGCAGGAGCAGGCGGCGACCGAGACGAACGCCAACAAGAAGGCGUACGGCAUCGGGAUCAACGUCGUGAAGGACGGACGGGAGUGGAAAGACCCGAAGCCGUGGAUGUCGUUCGAGCGCGAGGGCGGGGGGGGAUCUGGCGGGGGGCGCGGAGGAGGAUCUGGAGGGCGCGGCGGGCGCGGCGGAGGACGAGGCGGCGCACGCGGAGGAUCUGGCGGCGGGCGCGGCGGGGAGGCGAAACACGAAACGCCGGCGGCGCCCAAGGUGGAGUCCGAGCGGAAGACGCGGAAGACGAACGCCGCCAAGGGCGGCGGCGGCGGCGGCGGCGGCGGAGGAGGAGGAGGGAAUCGUCCGUCGAAUGAUCCGUCGUCAAAUCCGCGGCCGAAAGAGGAGAGCGUGGAGGACCUCGCCGCGUGGUGGGGCAGCAGCGGCGGCGACGAGGCCGCGCGGGAGAUCGAGCGCGCGAAGAAGCUCGAGGAGAACGCCUCGAAGCGCGGCGGCGGCGGCGGUAAAGGCGGCGGUAAAGGCGGAGGAGGAGGCGGAGGAGCAGGAGGCGGCGGCGGCGUAGAGAUGGGCGGGGAUCUGCGGAGUCGGCUCAGCGGCGGCGGCUUCGGCGAAGGGAACCAGAGCGAGAGCCGCGGCCAGGGCGGCGGCGGCGGCGGCCGCGGCGGUCGCGGCGGUCGACGUAACAAAAAGGAGAAGGAAAAGGAAAAGGAGAAGGUCCGCCGUCGGCCCUCUCCGCCGAGGAAUCCGCCGGCGGCGCCGCCGGCGCCGGCGGCGCGGGAGUCGGCGAAGCCGUCGAUACUGAGUCGGCUCUCCGGCGCGCCGCUGCCUUACGAGCCCCCGGCGGAGGUGGAGGAGGAGGAGGAGGAGGAGGAGGAGGAGGACUACGAUGAGGAAGAGGACGAGGACGAGGACCAGGAUGGAGAGUACGAAGACGAGGAGGAGGAAGAGAGCGAGUACGAAGAAGAGGAGGAGGAGGAGGAGGAGGAGGAGGGCGGGUCGGACUCCGAGUGGGAAGAAGUCUCGGACGAAGACGACGACGACGACGACGCUCCGGCGUUGGGCGCGUUGGCCGCGCUCGGUGCGCUCGCGGCGCCGGCGCCGGAACCGGCGAAACCGUCCAUUAUCAGCCGUUUAAGCGGCGCGCCCGUGCCCGCGCCCGCGCCCGUGCCCGAGCCCGAGCCCGAAGAAGACCGAGAAGAAGAAGAAGAAGAAGAGGUCGCUUCGAAGCCGCCGCCGGCGAAGCUCAACGCGACCGCGCCCGCGUUUUCGUUCGCGCCGCCGUCGAAAGAGACCCCGACGGAGGAAAAACUUCCGCCGGAGGCUGCGGCGGCGACCGCGGCGGCGACCGCGGCGGCGACCGCGGCGUCGAAAGCGGCGUCGGCGGCGGCGGACGCAGACGCGGCGCCGGCGCGAGCGCGAGCGCUCGCGACGCCGUCUGAUGAAGACGCGGCGGCGACCGCGGCGAGGGCGGCGAAGGUGGCCGCCGCGAAGGAAGCCGCGCGGCUGACGGAGCUGCGACGCGAGAAGGCGAUCAUGAGCGAGAAGCUCGCGGCGAUCGAGGCGGAGAAGGCGGCGUUGAAGGCGAAGUUGGCCGCCGCCGCCGCCGCGAGGUCGCCGAAGAAAACGGUUCCGGCGGCGGCGGCGGCGGCGGCAGCUCCGGCUCCGGAGGAACCUGAACCGUCGCCGGAACCUGAACCGUCGCCGCCCGCGGAGGAAGAGGACGACCCGUGGGCGGCGCUGGACGAAGAGCUCGAGAAGGCGAUCGCGGAGAAGGGCAGCCGACGGCGGUGA